GACUAGCGUUGUUGGAUGCAGUGGGAGAUACUGGCUGGGAUGUAGAGUGAUUAUUUGCGAUAUCUUAAAACAUGUUUAGUUUGAUAUAUUUCCCUGUAUUGGAAUACAUUUAUCUUACAAUUUCCACACAGUAAUGUGCUCGUUUGAGGUGACGUUUUGUACAUGAUGUAGAUGACCACGUAUGAGCUUUCGCACGCGCAUCCGACUUACGUCUGUGGUUGUCGUCUGCCUGGCUUUUACUUACAUUGUGCUGUUUAAUGCCUUGGCGUUAUAUAGUCUGACCAAAUCUACGUACACACCACCAUCUGAAGCUGUCCACAGAGGCCGCAUUUACCUGGCAUAUCUGGGUUUUAAAUCUUGGAAAUGUAAGACUCCACAUUUCUCCAAACAAUCUUUACCUCUGACUGCUCUAGUGAGUUUCCCAGGAUCUGGAAAUACAUGGAUCCGCCACAUACUACAGCAAGCUACAGGCAUUAAUACCGGAAGUGUUUACAGAGACUAUAUUCUGAAGAUUUUUGGAUUUCCCGGAGAAGGCGUGCAAAACUCAUCGGUGCUGGUCAUUAAGACACAUGAAUGGGGUGUAAAUGAGAGGAAGAAAUAUAAAAGGGCCAUUUUAGUCCUCCGAAAUCCUAAAGAUUCCCUGCUGGCAGAAUUUAAUAGAAAAAACGGUGGCCAUAUUGGUCAUGCAAAGAUAGAAGACUUCAAACAAAAAUGGAUACCAUACUUUAAUGAUUCGGUGAGGCUCUGGUUGUAUAUGACCAAGGACUGGCUAAACUUUACCGGUGAUUUACACAUCCUGAGAUACGAACGGCUCAAAGCUGACCCUAUCAACGUAAUCAAACGUUUACUUAACUUUCUACAAAUACACAUAUCAGAAAAGGAAUUGAUGUGCGUUUAUCAAAAUAUGAAUGGACGGUUUAAACGACCUUGGAAGAAUGUGACAGACUAUGAUCCAUAUUCCUCUGAAAUGAGGAGUAUCUUAGUGCAAUAUGAACAACAAAUUAACGAAAUAAUUGACCAUCGAUACAGAUCUAUGCGAAGAAAUUAAACUUAAGUCCUUUUCCUUUCCUUUUUCAUUUUUCUAUCCU